AUUUCCACUGUUGGUAGAAUUGUUUAAUGCGAACUUUACGUGCGUUAUUAUGAAUACUGUAUGUAGUAUUUUUGUGUAACGAUUGUUUAAGUAUUAUUUUUGUCAACUGAAAUGCUACGUAACUUGAAAAUUGUUGUUGUUAAACACAUAACUAUCAAUAAGAGACACAAAGCUGUCAACAGGCUUCUUCCGAUCGGUAGCAGAGGUAACUAAGUGACAGAAGAAAAUGCAUUCUUAAUUCCAGCGCGUUAUAAGUGUAAAGGCGCUGGAAAGGACACACUGACUGGCCAUGGAUGUGCUAACUGUUGUUCAGACCAAACUGAGCGCCGAAGACAAUGUGGUUUCAGUCCACGAAGCAAGCUUAAUGCAAGGAUGGGUGCGCACAUCUAGAGUUCUAGCUCUGGUUGAAAAUGAGAAUGAUCAUGCAUUGUUUGUUUUUCUGAGUUCAAGAGUGCCCCCUCAAAGUUUUACUGAUUUGACUAUUGAGCGAACAUUGCCAGUAGAUGCCGACUUCAGGUGUGAAAUAGACCCUGAAAGUAAACAUCAAGAUGGUGUUGAUGUAUAUGUCAACAUAUCGUCUUAUAAACUUAAGCUCUUAUUUGAAAUGGUGCCUGGAGUGAAAACAAGCAACUUCGUUGGAGAAUUAUUCAGAGUAAUGGAAGUCUACAGUAAAAGGAGGGGCCCACCUCCAGAAUUCCAGUGGCUUCGCAAGUAUGCUGCAGAUAAUUCUUAUAGUGCCUUAGUUAAUGUUGAAAAACCAGUAGAUGUGAAGGAAAUACAGCCUGCAACAAAGGAUGACUCGUUGGCCACCUCUCUGCUGGAGCUUGAAAGCCCGGAUAUUACAUUACCACGUCAAAGCAUUGCUAAAGGGACCACGCCUAUAGCAGCAAGGGAAAGUGUUAUUAGAUAUCAGAUGGCAAUGAAAGAACGUCAUUAUACAUACACUCAAGUUCUGAAGGUUUUCAUUGGCACUUGGAAUGUCAAUGGACAGCCGCCAACUGUGCCGCUUACAGAAUGGCUUGCCCAUGACCCUGAACCACCUGAUAUAUACGCAAUUGGAUUUCAGGAGCUUGACUUGAGCAAAGAAGCGUUUUUGUUCAAUGAUACACCAAGAGAAGAAGAAUGGCUAUCUGCUGUUAUGAACAGUCUUCACCCCAAAGCUCGGUAUCGUAAAAUUGCACUUGUGAGGCUUGUUGGGAUGAUGUUACUGAUAUUUGUUCAAGAGCAACAUGUGGCAUAUGUUAGAGGUGUUGCCACAGAAACUGUAGGAACAGGAAUAAUGGGCAAAAUGGGAAACAAAGGUGGCGUGGGUGUUCGACUAGACUUCCACAGUACAUCAAUUUGUUUUGUGAAUUCCCACUUAGCAGCUCAUGUUGAGGAAUAUGAAAGAAGAAAUCAAGAUUAUCAUGACAUUUGCCAAAGAAUGAGUUUUACAAGGUUUCUGCCACCUAAAGGGAUUAAGGAUCAUGAUCAAAUUUUUUGGCUCGGAGAUUUAAAUUACCGAAUAACAGAUCUUGAUCCGAAGAUUGUGAAGGAUUGUAUUGAUAAAAAUAAUUUAGAGACCAUUAUUGAAUUUGACCAGCUACGGCAACAACACAAGAACAAAAAUGUUUUUGUAGGCUACCAAGAAGGGUCACUCACUUUCCGACCAACUUAUAAAUAUGACCCAGGAUCAGACAACUGGGAUUCAAGUGAAAAAAAUAGAGCACCAGCAUGGUGUGAUAGAAUACUGUGGAAAGGUGAUGGUAUCAAACAGUUAGCUUACAGAAGUCAUCCAGAACUCAAAAUUAGUGAUCAUAAGCCAGUUAGUGCAUUAUUUGAUUCACAGAUACGAGUGAUUGAUGCUGCCAAAUAUCGAAAAAUACACGAGGAGGUGAUGAAAAAAUUGGAUAAAUUGGAAAAUGAAUUUCUGCCUCAAGUGAUGGUGGAUAAUACAGAAAUAAUAUUUGACACUAUUUACUACUUAGAAUCACAGACCAAAGAUUUGAUAAUUGCUAAUACAGGGCAGGUUCCUGUCACAUUUGAGUUCAUAAAAAAAUUGGAUGAUUCAAGUUAUUGCAAGGAUUGGUUGAAUAUAGAACCAUAUGCAGGAUUUAUAAUGCCAGGUGAAAAAUGUGAUAUCAGGCUGGAAGUUUUUGUUGACAAGAAAUCGGCAUUUAAGUUGAAUUCUGGAGAGGAUAAGCUUUAUGACAUUCUAGUUCUGCAUUUAGAAGGAGGAAAAGAUAUUUUUAUCACAGUUACAGGAACAUAUGAGCGUAGUUGCUUUGGAGCAUCAAUUGAAGCACUAGUGUAUAUUACACUUCCAAUACGUGAAAUACCUGUUGGCAGGCUUGUUGAACUGGAAAGCAAUAAGGAAGUAACAUCAACGCAGGAUCCAUACCCAAUACCAAAGGAAAUAUGGUUUCUGGUUGACCACCUCUACAGGCAUGGACUAAAACAGCCACACUUGUUUGAACAGCCUGGUUUGCAUUCAGAAAUUUUGCAAAUUAGAAACUGGCUUGAUAAUGGCUCACCUGAUCCUCUGCCUGGCAGUGUUCAUUCAGUUGCUGAAGCUUUACUCUUACUUCUGGAAUCCACUGCAGAGCCAGUUAUACCGUACAAUUUACAUAAUAUUUGCCUGAAUGCAUCCAGCAAUUACCUGCAGUGUAAACAGAUUGUCAUGCAGCUGCCUGAACAUAGGAAGAAUGUCUUCCUGUAUUUGUGUACCUUUCUACAAGAGGUACUGAGUCACAUGAAUGAUAACGGCCUGGAUGCAAAAACAGUAGCCACACUGUUUGGGACAAUCUUCCUACGUGAUCCACCACGUAGUCGUGGCGAUUUGAGCUCAAGAGUUCGGACAAAUCAGCAGGCACUUGACAGGAAGAAGGCGAAUUUUGUUUACAAUUUUCUAGUGAAUGACCAAAGUGAUUUAAUACUUGGUCGAUGAAACUUUAUGUUUGCAUUUGUUAAAUGUGUAGUACUUACAAGCAGUUAUACUCAAAUUAAAGUGGACCCACCUUGCACAUAUUUAUAUAUAUAUUGUUAUCUAAUAUUUAGAUUGCAUAUUUAUUUUAAUUAAGAAAUUCUUGCAUGUGUGUGUUUUAAUGUGCAAUUAUUUGUACAGAAGAAGCAAAUAUGUAAAGCAGUACCAUGUACUGCACUAUAGAAUAAAAUGGUUUCAGUUUAUGCUACAGCGAGAAAUUAAAUAUCAGAAAAUGUUAUCCUAGAAUAACUGAUAUUCUUGCCAUAUAUUAAAAACUGUAAUUUGACUACAUAUUAUUGUACUAUUUCCUUCAAAAGUACAUAUUGUUUAUCCUAAGCAGGAGCCAGUAUGGUUAUUUUCAUGUGAUAACGAUGUGCACUGGAUGUAACAGUAAGUUUGACAAUUUUCAUCCAUGUAGUGAUUAGUCCUUCAGUUUUGAAGCUGCAGAGUUGUCAUGUGUGACAUUAAAACUUCAUGAACAAAUUUACAUGGAUUUGGCUGACCCAUUACAGUGUGCAUGAUGACCAAGGGUGACAUUGUUAUUAGAUACUAUAAGGAGCAGUUUGGAAUUCAGUGUAUAAAUUAUAGAAAACUGUACAUAUAAAUAUAUCUUUCAACAGCUCUUCCAAGUAAAAUUACAGUAUGAUGAUAUGCCAAUUUUUUUUAAUCUUAAACAAAUUGGUUUGUUUAAUAGUGUGUACUUAGCUGUUUAAAUGCUCUACCUGUGUGCCUGUCUGCAUAUGCAGACACAAAUGUAAAUCAUUAAAUGCAUUAUGCCACAGCUUUGUUAUAAUUUCCUCUGUCAUCUUGUCUGAAAUUUCAAGCCUCUACAGCUCCCACAAAUGCUUGAUUUGGUGGAUGGUGGAGUGACAGUGGAGUCAUCAUUUAGGAUGAUGAUUGACCUUGAUGUCUGAAAAAUUGUGUGGAACAUACUCUUCCAUCAGUUCAUCAUAUUGUUCUUCUAAGGGAACAGUUGCAGUGUGGCCUGCCUCAAUGGAGAGAGAUAUCUACAUCCAUACUCUGCAAGCCACCUGACGGUGCGUGGCGGAGGGUACCCUGAGUACUUCUUUCGGUUCUCCCUUCUAUUCCAGUCUCGUAUUGUUCUUUGAAAGAAGGAUUGUCGGUAUGCUUCUGUAUGGGCUCUAAUCUCUCUGAUUUUAUCCUCAUGGUCUCUUCGCGAGAUAUACUUAGGAGGGAGCAUUAUACUGCUUGACUCUUCGCUGAAGGUAUGUUCUCGAAACUUUAACAAAAGCCCGUACCGAGCUACUGAGCGUCUCUCCUGCAGAGUCUUCCACUGGAGUUCAUCUAUCAUCUCCGUAAUGCUUUCGCGAUUACUAAAUGAUCCUAUAACGAAGCGCGCUGCUCUCCGUUGGAUCUUCUCUGUCUCUUCUAUCAACCCUAUCUGGUGCGGAUCCCACACUGCUGAGCAGUAUUCAAGCAGUGGACGAACAAGCGUACUGUAACCUACUUCCUUUGUUUUUGGAUUGCAUUUCCUUAGGAUUCUUCCAAUGAAUCUGUCUGGCAUCUGCUUUACUGACAAUCAACUUUAUAUGAUCAUUCCACCUUGAACACCAUUCUUGUGUUUUUGAUCUUGAUGGUUGGAGCUUGUUUCAAAAGAAUUAUAUUGUAAGUUGUCAAUUUAUCUGUGUCAGUUCACAUAUGUGUAAUAAUGAGACAUUAAAACCAUAUUUUACCUAGCCCGUCACUGAAUCUUUGCAAUUUAUACAGCCACCAAUUGACUCACUUUUGCGUUUGCCCAUUUGUGAACCAGACUUUUGCUGUAGCUAAUUGGAAAACUAAAGUUAUCAUUUACUCAUGUCUGCUUUACUGGUCAUACAAGAUUUUUUUUCGGCAGCAAUCAAUGUCUCAUCGUAGACUCUCCAAUUAAAUUUAUCUAUUUGAACACUAUAGUGCAGAGAUUUGUUAACUGCGUGCUGCAGGAGCAUCACAUUUGUGCUACAGGAUACCGCCAGAAUAUGAUAUUAAUGUUUGGAUAUAUUGUAUAAAUUUUUUGCAAAAUCUAAAGUGUUUCAUUUAUUAUAAUAUUUUUAAAUCAGCCUUCUCACAUCAGCUGUCAGAUAGGUGAAUAGUUUGACUUCGUAUGCCACGGAAAAAUUCUGAUAUUAAUGGCUCCAGAACCAAAAAAGUUUCGAACUCGUUACUGUACCAUAUAAUGGACUCAGUAAAAAAUGUUUCAAAAUGCCUUGUGUGUUGUUUGGAUGGGUUCCUUUGCAGAAAGGUGACAGAGCUAAUGUGAGAAACACUCUGCUCCUUCCUUUCCGAAUAAGUGAACGAUUUGUUUCAUAUGGAAUUUUUAUUUGGUGGAAAAAAUAUUCUUAUGAGCUCGGUGAUUUCCAAUGACAUAAUAGUCCCUAAUCGAGAGUAUAUUUAAAUCUGCCACAAUGUGAUGCACAGUCUAUAUGAGAACACAGACAGUAUAAAAUGCAAUAAAUUGUUCACAAACCUGACCUGAUGCAAGAGUGCAGUUAUAAACAUAGUUAAAAUGUACAGCAAUAGUUCACCAUAGACUAUUGCUAUGUACACUCACUUUUUGAUUUUCCAAAAUCUUGAAACCUUGGAAUUAUGCCACAUCUCCUUUCAUUUCUAUUUUGCUUUUAAAUACAUAAUGAUCAUUUAACAUGGAAAUCAGAGUUCAUAAGAAUAUUUUUUCCACUAAAUAAAAAUUCCACAUGAAACAAAUCGUUCACUUAUUCGGGAAGUAAAAAGGAGAGUUUUUCUCACAUUAGCUCUGUCACCUUUCUGCAAAGGAACCCAUCCAACCAACACACAAGGCAUUUUGAAACAUCAGCAUGAUUAAAUGCAAUGAAGAGAGAGAAGUUCUAUGUCGUGCCUGUACAUAUUUGCUUCUUCUCUGACACAAUAGAAACAAUGUCUCAUCUCCCCUCCCACAUCAGUUUUAUAUGUAGCCAAAGCAGUGAUAUUUUGUGCAUAUGUAGUUAUAUUUUAGUAUAUAUUAGGUUUUAAAUAGUGGCCUACUAGAAGGAUGAAGCACUAGAAUAUUUAUAAAAUGAAUGUAGUAUUAUUAUUUAAAUAUUUUGAAAAAAUUGUCACUCAGAAAUCUAGUCAUUUGAAAUGUUUCUGUAUGAUGAUAUUUCUGUAUUGUUAAUAUUGUUUCCAGUACACAGUAAAUGAAAUUUGGAGGGAUCUGACCAGUGGUCCACAUGCAGCUAGCUGGAGAAUGUGUAGCCUGUAGAAAUACCAUAGGAGCAAACAAGAACUCUAAAAUUGCUGUAAAUAGUUUGUGGUGCAUGAACUGUCAACUAAAAUACCCCAAUUAAGAUUUCAAUAAACAAUGGUGACAAAGGCAAUUGAAAGUAAUGUAGAUGGGAAAGUAUACAUUCCAAAGAAGUCCUCAAGAAUACACACAGAAAAAUUGAAUAUUACUGUGUUGCUUUGACAUAGUGUGUUUAUCCAUGAGAGUUGAAUAUUUUUUCAUUUUAUAUGUUCUUUGUUAAGUUUAAAAAAAAUCCAUUUUUGGACCCUUUUGUUCUUUACUUAUCUUCCUAUAAAUAUUGGAUAUCACUGAAUGCAUUUAAUACAUGAAAUGCAGCAGUUGUCAAAACACUUCCUUGUUUUGAGUUAUCCUCUCACCUUUCUCCCAAAUGGGCAGUAAUGAUACUUUCAUUUUACUUGUUUAUUAUGCACCACAGGUUUGUCUAGGGUUGUGUGUAUAUUUCAGCAAUGACCUGUAGGUGCACUUCCCACUUCAAAUAUUUUAAUAUGGCUUCCUUGUCUAUUUCUUAUACUUAAAACCUUUGAAUUUGUGAAAUACUUAAAUGUCCUCAAUGGAAUACAAACAAUGGAAGGAGUUACAGUAUGUGCCGUGUAGUUGAGACAAGGAGUGGGCUGCACAUACAUAAACAAGAUUGAAAUAGUCACCAACCUUUUAAAAGCGUCCUUCCUCACAGGUUAUAUGCCCUCCUCCCAACACACACAUACUGUCAUUGCCAUCUUUUUUUACUAUUGUUUACUCCUUCCAUUGUUUAUCACAGUGUCUUCCUUCCAUUAGCUGUAUCUUUUUGCUUGUGUAGUAUUUUUAGUCCUCUUUUUGCGAUAAUGAGCUAGCAUUGUUGUGACGUACGUCAGUAUAUUUUAUAGCAUACUUUGCUGAAUUCAUAUUCAGUUGGUCUGUAUCAUCCAAAAAUCUUUUUGUGUUAAAUUUUCCAUAACCUGCGGUGAAACGUUGUUAUCUGAAGUCCUGUUGUUAUAAUUUCAGUUGCAAUUUUAAAUUUAUGUAGCAGCAACUGGCAAUGUUAAUUGUAUGUAUAGUUUUCUACCUCAUAGUUCCAUUCAUAAAAACUCUUAAUAAAUGCUCUUUUUAAUAUAUACAA